AUGCCAUCACCAACCAACGAAUGGGCCCAAGCCGAAAAGGAAAUUGCCCAGAAUGAACAACUUCAGGCAAAGAUCACCAAUGAGGAAUUCAAAAUAUGGAAAAAGACAGUCCCCUUACUUUACGAUUUAAUCCAUACUUUUGCCUUGGAUCACCCUUCUACUAUUGUACAGUGGUUGCCCAAGUAUCAAAAAACACAUGAUGGAAAUGGCAUCGAAGUUCAAUUUCUACGAAGUUCAAAUACAAUCAAUGUUUUGGAUAACUCGUUAGAGUUGGCAUCCAUUACUUUGCCUGCCACUUUGGCUGCUAACAGUAGUACUAGUGGUGGUGGUGGUGGUAUCGAUAUUCCACCUGACGGCAUUGACACUUCUAAUUUCAAAAUAUUGACAAAGUGGAAACAAAAUUCGGUGGCUAAUGCUUUGAAAUUGUCACCUGAUGGGUCGACGGCAUUGUCUUUUAACGGCGAUGGAAUCAUCCAUGCGUACAAUUUAUCCAGUGACAAAGUUGUUGACUACAAGUAUCACAAGCAACUGGGUUUUGCUUUGGAUUGGAUCAAGAAUGGUGGAAGCGGUGCUGGUGGUGCUGGUGAAUCCACUAACGAGAAAUUUUUAUCUGGUGGGCUUGAUUCUCAAAUUGCAUUGUGGCAACUCGAUAAACCAUCGACUCCGAUACAAUUAUUCAAAUCGCACCAUGGAGCAAUCAACGACAUUUCAACUAGUGAUGUAAACAUCUUUGGUUCAGUUAGUGAUGAUUCAACUACACAAUUUCACGAUUUGAGAGCACCUUCCAUUGGUGACACUAACCCAGUUAUCAAAUUGGAAAACAAGCUUAUUCAAAAUUGCAUUGAAUUCCAUCCACAAAUUAAUACACUCUAUGCCACUGCUGGGAAAGAUAAUGUGGUUUCGUUGUACGAUAUAAGAAAUUACAAAGAACCAUUUAGAAAGUUGUUUGGGCACAAUGCCGCAAUUAGACAAUUGAAGUGGGAUCCUUGGUCACCACUGACUAUAAUCUCGUGUGGAUUAGAUUCGCGUAUUUUGUUUUGGAAUUUGGAUAAUUUGGAGGAAGAUUAUACUUAUCCCGAAACUAGUUCAAGUGGCGCAUCAGCGGCUGAGACUACGAAAAGGAAAACUCAGCAAGCUAGUAAACCUGAUCCUUGUUUGCAAUAUGUACACGGUGGACAUGUUGGAAGAAUAAAUGACUUUUCGGUCCAUCCAACAGUUCCUAGUUUGUUUGCCAGUGUGGGUAAUGAUCGAUUAUUAGAGAUUUGGAAACCGAAAACAUUGUCAGUGGAGGAAGAGGAGGAGGAGGAGGAGGAGGAGGAGGAAGAAAAAGAAAAAGAAAAAGAAGAAGGGGAUCAGGAACAGGAACAGGAACAGGAACAGGAAGAAGCACAAGAAGAGAGCAAAGAGAAAGAGCACGACAAAGUUGACAAAGAAAAGAGCUCUGAAGCUGAGUCUGAAGUAGACGCUCUGAAGCCAUCCAAAGAUAAAGAGGUGCCUCUGUCGCAAGAUGUCGAAAUGACAGAUUGA